AUGUUAACAGAAAACAGAGAACAGGAACAUGGGUUUGGGUUGCUGCUUGGAAAGAAAAAUAUUUUUGUUAGUAAGGAGAGUUCAGAGAUUGUUGAAGAAGUGAAGAAGCAGCUAUGGUUAGCUGGACCUCUUAUAUCAGUUAACGUCUUACAGUUUAGCUUACAGUUAAUUUCAGUAAUGUUUGUUGGUCAUCUUGGUGAACUUUCUCUUUCUAGCGCUUCGAUUGCUACUUCUUUUGCAUCAGUUAGUGGUUUCAGCUUGGUAAUGGGCAUGGGAAGUGCAUUGGAUACAUUAUGCGGUCAAUCAUACGGAGCAAAGCAGUAUCAUAUGCUCGGGAUACAUAUGCAGAGAGCCAUGAUUGUCCUUUUACUUGUUAGUGUUCCCCUUGCUUUUAUUUGGGCCAACACAGGCUUAAUUCUCUCGGCCGUAGGACAAGGUCAGGACAUAUCAUUUGAAGCCGGAGUAUAUGCUCGUUACAUGAUCCCUUCCCUUUUUGCCUUUGGACUACUUCAAUGUGAAGUUAGGUUUUUGUUAACCCAAAGCAUAGUCCUCCCAAUGAUGAUAAGCUCUGCAGUUACAGCCUUAGCACAUAUACUUGUGUGUUGGGUUCUGGUUUUCAAAACGGAUCUUGGUUAUAGAGGUGCUGCAAUGGCGAAUGCUAUUUCUUAUUGGAUCAAUACAUUACUGUUAGCACUUUAUAUUAAAUUCUCUGACACCUGCAAAAGAACUUGGACUGGUUUCUCUAAGGAAGCGGUUCAGGAUAUAUAUAAUUUCAUGAGCCUUGCUAUUCCUUCGGCUGUCAUGGUCUGCUUGGAAGUGUGGUCUUUCGAUAUGAUGGUCCUGCUAUCAGGUUUCCUUCCUAAUCCAAAGCUAGAAACUUCAGUGUUAUCUAUCAGGUUAAGUUUCUCGGACAUAACGAUGUAUCUUCAUUUUUCCCAAUACUUUUCAAAGUUUUAG